UUUCACAGAUACUCUAAAGACAGGCCUGAAAGCAAAUAUGCUGAAAUUUCAGUGUGUGAUUGUGGUUCUGGUCUUGUACUUGGAAGGUUCCUUUUCACAGCUCAAUGUUUGUGGUCAGGCACCUUUUAACAGCCGUAUUGUGGGUGGACAGAAUGCCACAGUUGGGGCCUGGCCAUGGCAAGUUAGUUUACAGAGUCCCGCUUACAGCGGUCAUUUCUGUGGUGGAUCCCUCAUUAACGACAAGUAUAUUCUGACAGCAGCACAUUGUGUUAACAGCAUUUCCAUGUCUGGCCUGACUGUGCAUUUGGGGAAACAGACACUGUCUGGCUCUAAUCCCAAUCAAAUUGUAAGAGGUGUUACAAAAGUGGUCAUUCACCCUGACUACAACAGUGCAACCCUUAACAACGACAUUGCGCUUCUCCUUCUGAACUCCUCGGUACCCUUCAACAGCUACAUCACUCCAGUGUGUCUGGCCGGGCAAGGCAGCACAUUUUCAGCUGGCACCAACUGCUGGAUCACAGGAUGGGGGAACACUGCAAGUGGAGUGCAACUGUCAUCUCCUGGUGUGCUGCAGGAGGCUAUGGUGCCCACUGUGGACACAAAUGUUUGUAAUUUGCUACUGGGAUUUGGAUCCAUUACCCCAAACAUGGUCUGUGCCGGUUAUUUACAAAAAGGAGGCACGGACACCUGCCAGGGCGAUUCUGGAGGUCCCUUGGUGAUUAAGCAAGGUGUAGCCUGGAUUCAGACCGGUAUCACCAGCUGGGGUAUAGACUGUGCUCUGCCCUACAAACCUGGUGUGUACACCCUGGUGUCCCAGUACCAAUCCUGGAUUUCUACCAUCAUCAUACAAAAUACACCUGGAUUUGUCAUGUUCUAACAAAGUGGGUUAACCUGUUGCAGUACUUAUGGAUCAGCGAGAAUUAAAGCAUUGAUGCCACACAAUCUGUAUAUGUUUUAAUGUACAAUUUUGUAUUUUUUUUACUGGGAAAAAUCUAGCAAAGUUCUUUUACAUAGUUAUUGUUAUCACCUUUGAUGUAGUAAUGGCACAUUGUGAUAAAUAUCUUGUAUGUACUGAAGAUUACAUAUUUUAAUGUAAUCACAUUGAUUAUCUACUUACAUAAUUAAACAGCAAGCACCUAAAUAAACCCCAUGUUUGUCAUCAUUUCAUGUGGAUUAAAUAUGU